AAUCUAUGCAAACAUAAAAGAAUAAAAAGUCGCUGAAAAUCGAGAUUUUGCCCUGACUACAUACUACCGAUGAGGCCAUGAGUCCAUGACCUAUAUCCUUGUUCCCAAACUGAAGCUGUUUUGGUUAGUACAGUAAAUGCGAAAUGUUCGCCAAUUUUGGAACUGGAAUCCGUUUACGAACCGGAAGCAACCCCUUCUUCUCCAUAUUUAAAUCUCCACAGAACCCGCCACCCGUCGUCAUCAAUCUUUCUCAAACCCUAACCCUAGCAAUGGCGACUCUCUCUGCUCCUGAUAAUCGAAGACCCACAUGCCCAUCUUGUUCAAGGCCAACUAGCUUCUGCCUCUGCACUCGACUUAAAACCCCAGUUCUUGAAAACUCCAUAGCCGUCACAGUUAUCCAACACAGCGUAGAGAAGAAACACCCACUCAAUUCAGCUAAAAUAGCAAAAUUAGGUCUGAAGAACGUCGAUGUAAUUUGUGUUUCAGAUGUUCUUUCUGAAGCCCACUUUGAUUUACACUUUUCCGAAUCUAAUUCUGAAAUGGGUCCUCGUGAUUCAGUCGAAAACAGCAAAAAGACUGAACAUUUACCACCUGCUGAUAUCAGUUUCACUAUUGAGAAAAAAGGUGCCAUUACAUCUCUUGUGAAUAAUUGGGAUCAAAACCAAGAUUUUAAUCAACUUUUGGUUGCGAUUGAUGGAGUAAGAAAUGGGUUUACUGUGAAAAAGACGCAGAGAGGGAGGGAUCAAAUAUACAUGGAAGAAUUUGUAAUUGAAGUUCCUCCAGGAUCAUUGCUUCUUUUCCCAAGUGAGAAUUCGAUUGGGAUAGAAGAUGUUAAUUUCAGUGUCAAGAAUUUGAUUGUAUUAGAUGGAACAUGGCCUAAAGCCACGAAGAUGUACAAAGAAAAUCCAUGGUUGAAACUGUUGCCACAUUUGAAGUUGGAUAUUGAUAAGCUGAGUUUGUAUGGUGAAGUGAGGCGACAACCAAAAGCAGGAUGUUUGUCAUCGAUUGAGAGCAUUGUUUAUGCACUCAAGGCUAUUGGGGGAGAAGAUCUUGAAGGUUUGGAUUGUUUGUUGGAUGUUUUUGAGUCAAUGGUUGUAGAUCAGAGGAGAUGCAAGGAUGAAAGAUUGAAGUUUGAAAGUGAAAUCAGGUCUAUGUAGAAGACCUUGUUAUGAACUUAUGAUUGAUUUUAGAUUGUGCUUUCAGUGAUCAUCUUUGAAAACUAAAAAGAUUCAAUGGGUUUAUGUUGUUUAUAGAAUCUUGAAUGGACAAUUCCAGUUGAAUUUAAUGACGAAAUGCAUAAUCAUGUUUCAUUC